AUGGACAAACUUGGCACUGUGACUAAUGUCACCGCGGGCAACAGUUCCAUGGACAGGAGUGCCAUUAUCGAGCGGGGCUCCACCCAGCACCUGGACCCGGGCGACCUCAAGGUCCUGGUGCCUGUCCUGCUGGGGGUGCUGUGUGUCUUGGGCCUAGCCUUCAACCUCACCGCCAUGGGCAUCCUCUUCUCCAACGCCCGCAAGAGCAAGCUCUCCCUCAUCAACUCCCUGGUGCUCAACCUCAUGCUGGCCGACGGCCUGCUGCUGGCCUUCGCCGUGCCCUUCCGCGCCGCCGCCUACUCCCACACCAGCUGGACGCUGGGCUGGCCCGUGUGCAAGACGGCCGACUGGUUCCUCCACGCCUGCAUGGCGGCCAAGAGCUUCACGGUGGCCGUCAUGGCCAAGGCGUGCUUCCGCUACGUGGCUAACCCCAACAAGCAGGUGAGCGUCCGCCUGGCCUCCGUCCUGGUGGUCCUCUUCUUCACCUGGCUCGCCGCCUGCUCGGCGCCCGUCCCCCACUGGCUGUUUGCCUCCCUGCAGAGGGAGGGCCAGGGGCUGGCGUGCGUGCAGGUGGUGCCCCCCGAGGCCCGGGACUUUAUGUCCGUGUACGUGAAGGCUUACCCCCUGGGCGUGUACUGCGCCCCGCUGAGCUUCGCCCUGCUCUACUUCUGGAAGGCGUAUGGCCGGUGCCAGCGGCGCUCCAGCAAGACGCAGAACCUGCGCACUCAGAUCCGCUCCCGCAAGCUCACCCUGAUGCUCUUCUGCCUGACGGUGGCCAUGGCGACCCUGUGGCUGCCGCAGUGGGUGGUGUGGGUGUGGGAGCGCCACGCGGCGCAGAGGGCGAGCGAAGGCGGCGAGCCCUCGGUGGCCUCGCCGCCGCUCCUCCUCGCCCUCUCCGCCCAGCUGCUGGCCUUCUCCCUGUCCCUGGUGAACCCCGUCAUCGUGCUGUCGCUGUCGGACGAGUUCCGCGAGGGCUACCGGGGGCUGUGGAGGCGCCUCACCCUCCGCAAACACCCGCCGCCCAAGCCCGGGCCCCACGCCCCCACCGCCCCCCAGUCCCCCUGCCCCAGGCCGGAGACCUCAGGCCAGAGGCGAGGGGACCGAAACCUGGAGCCCAGCCCCAGCUGCAACCAGGGCCACCGAGGAGAGGCUCCGCCCGAGGCCGACCGAGGCAGCGUGGGUGAGGGGGAGGGGGAGGGAGAGAGCCCCCGAGAUGGGAUCGUCCUGCCGGAUGUGGAGCAGUUCUGGAACGAGAGGGAGACGGGCUCUCUCACCGACGAGAACGACCCAAUUCCCUGGGAGCACCAGGAGGGCAAGGAGCCGAGGAAGUGA